AUGAGGGAUAGCUCUGAACUUGAGCGACCCUCUAUUAGGGAUGCGAAGCUUCAGGAUGGCAAAAGCGACGCCUCACGUUUAACUAUCAGUUCAGAAAAAGAUGAGGCACCAAAUAUAUCCCAAACACCUGCGGACUCCACCAGUGAGAUUGAAGCUCUUAAGUUGCGGAUUUCUGAACUUGAGAUGCGAACCCAGAACGAAGCCACAAGGUCGUCUCCAAGUCAAAACUUGGAAGUUCCAGGGGCUGAAGAAGGAAGCAAGAAACCGAAACUGAUGGCCGACUUAGAACAAUAUAAGCGAAUGGAGGAAUGCCUUUACAUUCACCGGAAAGAAUGGGAAGCAGAAGGCGGACCAGGCAAGUGGGGCAUGGGCAUCAGCGAUAUAAUACCUGAUUGGAGAUAUCAGACUGGCUCACAUGGACCGUGGUCGUAUCAAUGGGAUAUUUUGUCCCACAAGAGAUAUGAAAGACCAGAUCCCUUCGAUCGCUACCACGUCUGCGAAGCAGGCCACGAUAAGCAAAAUAAUACUGAACAUGAUGAGUAUGAUCGAAUAAUUGAUUACGGUUACCAUCGAGAAAGGCUUCGGAAAAAUUUUGAGUGGGAUUUGGACCGUCUUUUCCUAGCAGAAGAAAUGGAGCGUCGGCGGAAGCAUACUGCAUUCCAUAAACCGAAAGCGGCAGAUACCUCUCAGGGAUCGAAAAUUUCCCACAAGACGAAGCAGUCCCAAGGCGGCGAUAAUGAAUCAGCGGAGGAGACCAGCCUCGUAUUUUAUGCGGAGCCAGAAAUAAAGCGUCUAGAGUGGUCUGCAUUCAAGAAACUGGCGAAUUCAUUGGAGAAAGACGCACAUGCCAUUGAUGUUCUCAUGGAGGAGCCUAUUAUCGAAGAGAGUAAUCUCGAUCAAUCUCUAAAUUGGUUUGACUACCAGCCCCGUCAAAUCCAGAAAUCUGACCGGCUCAAAGACGGCAAAUUUGCACAAGACGUCGGGCUCGGACUAUUACAACUACCAGAGAGAAUACGGAUUAAUUCUACUAUUCUGAGGAAAGCCAUGGCCAAGAUCCUUGGAUCGGACGGGCAGUCAUUAGAUGAGACCGGGGAAGGAACUGUGUCGGUGAUCUUCACAAGGCCAUUCAAAGCCAUUACCUAUUGCGAGCCUACGCUCCGCCAGUGGCAUGCAGAGUUGGAAAAGAAGCACAACAAAGCAUCAAUACCCAGAGAAGAAGACUCAGUUCAGGAGGGUGAUAAAAGAGAAGGCAGCCCACAAAAUGACGCAGAUUCACUAAUAGCGCUGGGUCAUUUAAAAUGCAUUCUCAAUUUCAUUGAUUCAGACAUAUUAGCCAGGAAGUCCGCUCUCGAUGGACUUCAAAAUCAUAAGGCUUUCUUCUCCGACCUAUGGCAUCUUUUCCGACCAGGUACAGAAGUAAUUAGAAGCAACGGCAAGCAAGCUUACAGGGUCAUUAGAACCACUAGCGCGGCCCAUCGGUUUGUCAACACCAGAUCUUGGUGGGAUAAUGCUUCAGCUCAGAAACGAUCUACAACUUUCGAUCUAGAUUGCGUGUACAUCGAUUUUGAUGGCACAAACCUAGGACCAGUAUAUGUAAAGUUUUCCAUCAAAGCGUUCGAGGGUGAAAAAGAAGUUACUUCGUUUGAAGUCUAUCCACUUCGGUUUCAUCGGACAAAACGGGCCGACUUCAGUGAUUCAGAAUGGGGCCAAGUCGAAGAUCUUCCGAGUGACCAGAGAUUUCGGCAAAAUCUCAUUAACCGAGGCGCAAAGUUCAUGAGUGUGAUCCCGAUGAAGCACAUGUACUAUUCUGGUCUAACUUUAGAGGCGCGAGACGAGGUUGAAAGUCAAGUAGUCAUCGACUUUGACAUCCCCGCUGCGAUAGAUGCUCCAGAAGAUCGACACAAGCCAAACUGGAAACCAAGCAUAGGAAGUGUUAUUACCAGGCUUACCGAAUCAUCUGAGGGUUCCAAAGGAGAUUCAGGGCAACAGUCGUGUCAUGGACCGUGCUGCUAUGGAGAAUUUGUGUAUGACGACACAUUUGUCGAUCAGAAGGAGGCGACCGAAUAUAUCGAAAGCCUUUUGCCAAUGAUACGUGCUAUCGAUGAUCACUCCUCAGUCGCAAUUUCACCACGGCCUUUGAAGGAGGUGCAAGCCGAUACGAGCGGUGUCGGUUCAAUUUCAGAUGAUGAGCUUGUUAUUAUGUCGCAUAGAGUAUUUGGCUUUGUUCUUCGAAGUCGAAAAUGGGCAAAAUUGGAUCUCUCCUAUAUUACGGAUGUCCACCCGAGCAUCCCCACCGACGUAGGAGACAAUUCAGCAGUGGAGCCAAAUGUCGAUGAGGUAGAGCCCGGUAACGCUCUUGACCGCCUUGUUCUCGAAGAAGGCCAUCGGAAUAUGAUUGUGUCGCUCAUCUCGCAACAUUUUCGCGAAAAGGCAUCCUCGAGGUCCCAGAAAGAGGAGUUUGACAUUGUUAAAGGAAAAGGUGGGCGGCCUCAAUCAUGGAUAUUGACUUACUUUUUGUAUCAAAUAGGCGACCUUGGGUCGACGGCAAGAGAAGUUGAAGAGGCCUUAGAGACGAAUUUCGCCAUGGCAAGCAAAUGGGGGUGUAUUUUGCUGCUUGAUGAGGCUGAUAUCUUCCUCGCCGAGAGGACUAGGGAGGAUUAUGUGAGAAACGGGCUUGUAGCCGUCUUCCUUCGCACCCUGGAGUACUAUAAUGGCAUUCUCUUCUUGACAACGAAUCGCGUUGGCGAUUUUGAUGAAGCAUUCACAUCACGAAUUCACGUCAGCCUGUAUUAUCCCGAGCUUGACCACAAGAAAACAAUACAAGUGUUCAAGCUUAACCUGGAAAUGAUCGAAAAGCGCAUUGCCCAGAAGGGAAAGACUAUUCAGUUAGACAAGACCGACAUUUGCAUGUUCGCCGGUGAGCACUUUAUUAAACAUGAACAUGCGCGCUGGAAUGGCCGCCAAAUUCGCAACGCCUGCCAAACAGCACUAGCACUGGCCGAGUUCGAGGCCCAAGGCAACAAUCACAGGGCCGUUCAGAAGCCCAAUGCUGCGAUAAAGCUUGAUGUGCGACAUUUCAGUGUAGUUCAGGAAGCAUACCUGGAGUUUGCCAAGUAUAUGAACGAUCUAUAUGGUACAAAUGCUGCAAGGAGAGCGAAAGAGGCAAGACUUCGAGCGCUGUGGGAGCUUGAACGCAAC